AUGAUGCAAAAACUGCAAAUGUAUGUUUAUAUUUACCUGUUUGUGCUGAUUGCUGCUGGCCCAGUGGAUCUAAAUGAGGGCAGUGAGCGAGAAGACAAUGUGGAGAAAGAGGGGCUGUGCAAUGCAUGUGUGUGGAGACAAAACACAAGGUACUCCAGAAUAGAAGCCAUAAAAAUCCAGAUCCUCAGUAAACUCCGUCUGGAAACAGCUCCCAACAUCAGCAAAGAUGCUAUAAGACAACUUCUGCCCAGAGCUCCUCCGCUCCGGGAACUGAUCGAUCAGUACGACGUCCAGAGGGACGACAGCAGCGAUGGUUCUCUGGAAGAUGACGAUUACCACGCCACCACGGAAACAAUCAUUACCAUGCCCACAGAGUCUGAUUUUCUAAUGCAAGUGGAUGGAAAACCCAAAUGUUGCUUUUUUAAAUUUAGCUCUAAAAUCCAGUACAACAAAGUAGUGAAAGCCCAGCUGUGGAUACAUCUGAGACCCGUCAAGACUCCCACAACAGUGUUUGUGCAGAUCCUGAGACUCAUCAAACCCAUGAAAGACGGUACAAGGUACACUGGAAUCCGAUCUCUGAAACUUGACAUGAGCCCAGGCACUGGCAUUUGGCAGAGUAUUGAUGUGAAGACAGUGUUGCAAAAUUGGCUCAAACAGCCUGAAUCCAACUUAGGCAUUGAAAUCAAAGCUUUGGAUGAGAAUGGGCAUGAUCUUGCUGUAACCUUCCCGGGACCAGGGGAAGAUGGGCUGAAUCCCUUUUUAGAGGUCAAAGUAACAGACACUCCCAAAAGGUCCCGAAGAGACUUUGGUCUUGACUGUGAUGAGCACUCCACAGAGUCCCGAUGUUGCCGUUACCCCCUCACAGUGGAUUUUGAAGCAUUUGGAUGGGACUGGAUUAUUGCACCCAAAAGAUAUAAAGCCAAUUACUGCUCUGGAGAGUGUGAAUUUGUGUUUUUACAAAAAUAUCCCCAUACUCAUCUUGUGCACCAAGCAAACCCCAGAGGCUCAGCGGGCCCUUGCUGCACUCCUACAAAAAUGUCCCCCAUUAAUAUGCUAUAUUUUAAUGGCAAAGAACAAAUAAUAUAUGGGAAAAUUCCAGCCAUGGUAGUAGACCGGUGUGGGUGCUCAUGA